CAUGAGCGCAGCACCUGCAAAUACUGCAGAUUACGUCUGGCGACCACCGCAAUACGCAUUUGAUUGCGCGCCGACCCUACAGACUACUGCAUCUGUAACUCAGGCGGACGCAGGAAAUAGCAACUUUGUCAGGACAGCGAAAUGGUGUCCCGACGGCUCCUCGCUUCUCAUGCAUUGCGAGAACAGAACGUUUGAACUGCUACCCACGCCCUCGUACUCUGCCGGACUGUCAGAUCAAGAGUCAAUAGCCGCUCAUGCCACAACAUCGCUGCACGGACCCAGCAUCGUUCUCCCCCAACCGGCGCCAAUCCUCGAUUUUGCGUGGUAUCCGGGCGCUACCGCGCAUAGCCCAGCAACGCAUUGCUUCGUUGCUUCUGUGAGAGAGUGCCCUGUCAAGCUGCUCGAUGCGAGUAGUGGUCGACUUCGCGCUUCAUACAAAAUUGUCGACCAUCGCGAACGGCAAAUCGCCCCGCACAGCCUCGCUUUCAACUUAUCUGCUCAGAGGAUCUACUGCGGCUUUGAGGACGCCAUCGAGGUCUUCGACGUUAUGGUUCCGGGCGAAGGCACCCGCCUACCCACCACACCAUCCAAAAAGAGCAAAGACGGGCUCAAGGGCAUCAUCUCCGCCCUCGCCUUCUGCCCCUCCUACGCUUCUGACGUCUUUGCCGCGGGCACCCUCUCCCCACACGAAGGUAACAUCGCCCUCUUCCGCGAAUCAGACGGAGAAAUUCCCCUCGCUUUUCUUGGGGGCGGGCUUCGGGCGGGCGUUACGCAGCUUCACUUCAACCCCAUGCAGCCACACCUCCUCUACGCUGCCUACCGCCGCCGCCCUGAGAUUCUGUGCUGGGACCUUCGCUCAGGCAUGACUGCCCCGCUCGCUACCUUUGUCGACCCAACUGCCCCGAAUCCGAACACAUUGACGAACCAGAAAAUGCGCUUCGACAUCGACAUCACCGGUCGCUGGCUCAGCACUGGAGAUCAGGCGGGGCACCUCCUGGUGUUCGACUUGACGAAAGCCAGCGGGCCUACGGAGCCACAGCACGAAGUCGAGACGAUCGAGAUAGGGCCUGCGUGCAAGGUCGAGGCGCAUGGAGAUGCAAUUGGCUCCGUGGCUUUUCAACCACUGCAACCCAUCGUUGCGACAGCAUCAGGGAGCCGUUAUUUCGACGUAGACGAGACCAGUAGUAGUGACUCGGACUCAUCGGACGAAGACGCAGACUCAUCGGAGGACGAUGCUGCCCCGCAAGCCACUGCACGGAGGGUAGGAAGUGGCAAGGCAGUCGGUGUCGGGCCAAAGACACGAGAUGCCUCAAUCAAGUUCUGGUACGCAGGUGGCAGCGCGGCGCACACUAACGUCGGUGAAGGCGAGAGAUGACACCGGGCGAGCAACACUGUCCGGGAGACAUGUCGUGAUUAUACGUAUAGUAGGCGAGAUACAUACAUAGUCGGAAUGACAAGGGCAUGAGGGGAGUGAUGAAGACUGUUGGUGGAAAAAUGUCAAUAUCUACUCCCGCUCGUUGGCACGCUCGAGCUGCUGCCG